UGCUGGUCUUCUGUGUUUUUUCCAUGCUUGACUUUCUUCAUCUACAUGCACACCACAAUGGAAAAUGUGGCAAGUGUGGUCUUGUGAUAACAUGAAUAUACACGGCUGGAGGAUCCGGAGUUAAACCAUAAAGAAGAGAAGAGGCCAGUGUGUGUUGAACAGUUUCUCUGACAACCACUGACCACUCCAGUCACAUCAACAUCAACAGCACAAAUUUGUAAGUGUUAUAAGUUACGUAUUUGAAUUGUAUUCAACUGUUCUGACAGACUUUUAGCUCAUUUCUUGUCUGUGGAACCGCCUAGAAUUCUUGUGUAAGUGGAUAAAAUGCCAAACAAGGCACAAGAGGAUGCGGUGAUCAAUAUGAAAUCUGUGCAGGAGAUUGCUAAGCAGUUAGGGUUUGAGUGGACCGUUCUAGCAUUUGAACUUGGAUUCACCAGAAAUGAAGUCAGACAGUUUCAUGCCACAUCUAAAGAAAAGAGAGUUCAGGCUCAGCGAAUGCUCGAAUCAUGGUAUGAGCGUUCCUGGGACAAACCGAACAAAACCAAGCUUCUGCAGGACGGUCUUGAGCGGGCGGGCCGUCGUGAUCUGGCUGAGAGACUGCGCUGCCUGCAUUGGGGUCACCAGAAGCUCAGCCGCAGAGUCGAACUGCCCUCUGCCUUCCCCUUCAUCAUUACCGUCCACAAGACCAUAGACAACAAGGAUGCCUUGAGCAGGAUUAAUGUGCUUAAUCGCAGUUAUAACUAAGAACAUUUGCCAAAGAAAAUAAUGUGAGCUAAAAGUUUGAAACCACUAGUGAAAAUGCUUGUUGUAAAUUUAUAUUCUAAUAUUUGUGAAAGAUCUGCUGUGAAAAGAACUGUGCUUAAUUGUGUUGACUAUACACUUGUAGUUUACUUCAAAUCUUAAAAAUAUGUUUUUCAUAUUUUAGCUGAUUGCAUUUUCACUAUUGCAAGUAUUUUAUUUCCACAAUAUUGUUCAAUCAGUAUGUUACUUUUAUCCAGCAUGAUUUGAGAUGAGAAUGAUCCAAAUUUUUAAUGUGACCUUAGACUUUUGGACCCCAGUGUACACAGUAGUAUAUUAUUUUUUCCUCUCGACACACUUCUCAUGAAUCCAUUCUUCUGUUACCACUCUGUUAUUACACUAAUCAAAUUUAUGUCACUGUUCUAUCAUUCAAUCAAACUGUCAUGCAAUACAUUUAUAUUUGAAUAUUGUGUAUA